AUGGUCCGUGCUUCCACGCCGCCGCCGCUGACAGUGUUUGCUUCCGCAGACCUGCCGCCAAGGGCUGCAGGGGCUAGAAGUCUCGGGGCGAGGACAAAGGCGGUGUUCCCGCCGCGUUCGUCAGUGAAAAGAGCGGCACCUCCAAUUGGACUUCCGCCACCUGUUCGUCCAAAGAACCCUGCGCUACCAAUUGGAUUGGCGCCGCCACCGCUUGCGAAGAAAGCUCGACCGCUUCCGCCGCCAUCUCUUCCAAAGAAAGCUCGGCCAUUUCUGCAACCCGCUCUUCGGCCAAAGAAAGCUCGACCGCUUCCGCCGCCAUCUCUUCCAAAGAAAGCUCGGCCACUUCUGCAACCCGCUCUUCGGCAGAGAGCGUCAGCAGCACCGCAUGCAGCAGGAGCAGAUGUAGAGGCAACAGCAGGAACAGUUCCAAAGGCAAAGGCUACUCCUUCAGAAGCUGCAGCAGGCAUGGUUGUGGAGGCCAGCCCAUCUGUGUCCAAGUCAGCCACAGAAACAGUGAUGGAGGCGGAGGGCACCGAGAGCAGCUCUGUGAGUGGCAAUCCCGCAGUGCCCACAAGUGUGAAGGCAGAAACUAUGCUACCUGCUUUGGACGUGGUCAUGUCGUUGCAGGCCGCUUUGCCACACUUAUCCAGAGCAGCUGCUGCGGAUGUGAAGGCAGCACUACAAGCCCUUGGCACCCCUUUGACGCUAGAGGCAGGCUUAUCUUCUUCGAAGGUGUCAGCAGAAGCAGUGGUGGAGGCCAGCUCAUCUUGUGCGACGACUUCAAAGGUUCCAGCAGGAACAGCUAUAGAGGCAAGCUCAUCUUCUUCGAAGGUGUUAGCAGAAGCAGUGGUAGAGGCCAACUCAUCUUGUGCGACGACUUCAAAGGUUCCAGCAGGAACAGCUAUGGAGGUUAGCCCAUCAAGUGUCAAGUCUGCAGCAGGGGCGGUUGUGGAGGCAACAGGAGGAACAGCUACGAAGGCAAGUUCAUCUGUGUCGAAGCUUGCAGCAGAAACGGUGGUAGAGGUGGUGACUUUGGAGCUGCGUUCCCUGGAGCAACGGUUAAACUACGGCAGCGUUUCGGCUGGCGCCAUGGAUGAGGCCAAGGAGGCCAUGGCCAAGGAGCUGGCGGAGCAACAGGUGCAACUGGAGCAGCGCCGGGAGGAGGUGGUGAAGUUGGAGGAAUCUCUGGAAGUCGCGCAGGCCAGGGAAGGGCUUGCAACAGCAUGGCAGCUGUAUUGCGAGCAUUUUGCAGACGGGCAGUGCGAUGUAGCGAGUAAAACCGAUGAUUUCCUCCGGGAUUUCUUGACUCGCGCGUUGAGUUGA